ACCAUAAUAUCCUCACACUCACACACAGUAGUGACAUAUAUCUCUUUCGACGCCUUGGUCCGCAAAGACGCUGCUUGUCGCAUACCGUAAUUAUCCAUAACAACGGCGGCACCAAAGCUUCGCGUUUCUGAGAAUCAGCGAGACAGAAAUCUAGGGUAGUUUUGUGCUGCUUUGUUCUUCCAUUUCCCCCAAUUCGCGUAGCUUCAAUCCUUAAUCGCAAGGAAUUCUUCUGGCCUCUGUGCCUUCUACACAGUUGCCUCACAAGCUUCUUUAAUUAGUUUUGUAAGAUGCCUCGGGGAAAAGCAAAUUCUUCAUCAAUUGCUAAGCCAAAUGAACCAGAAAAGCCGGUUGAAUCUGAUGAGAAGGUCGAUUUGGACGAGGGAAAUGAUCCUGAGGAAGAAAUGGAAGAAGAAAUUGAAUAUGAAGAAGUAGAAGAAGAAGAAGAAGAAGUGGAAGAAGUAGAAGAGGAGGUGGAAGAGGUGGAAGAAGAGGAGGACCCGGAGGAGGUAGAGGUAGAGGAGGAGGAAGAGGAAGAGGAAGAGGAAGAAGAGGAGGAAGGAGUUGAAGAAGUGGAAGAGGAUGAUGCCAAGAUGGAAGAUGAUGAUGAGAAGAAAAAGCAUGCUGAACUUCUUUCUCUUCCUCCUCAUGGGUCUGAAGUCUACAUUGGUGGCUUUCCUCAUGAUUCCUCAACUGAGGAUUUGAAAGCUUUUUGUGAGUCUAUUGGGGAAGUUGUAGAGGUUCGAAUAAUGAAAGGAAAAGAUUCUUCCGAGAACAAGGGCUUCGGUUUUGUGACUUUUAGAAAUGCGGAAUUGGCAUCUAAAGCCAUUGAUGAGCUGAAUAAUACAGAAUUUAAGGGUAAAAAAAUAAGAUGUUCAACAUCUCAAGCGAAAAACCGUCUCUUUAUUGGCAAUGUUCCUAGAAGCUGGGGCGAGGAAGAUCUGAGGAAAACUGUGACUGAGGCUGGACCUGGAGUUACCGCUGUAGAACUAGUUAAGGAUGUGAAGAACAUUAACAACAACCGCGGCUUUGCUUUUAUUGACUAUUAUAAUCAUGCAUGUGCUGAGCAUUCGAGGCAAAAGAUGAUGAGCCCAACAUUUAAGCUAGGUGACAAUGCCCCAACAGUGAGCUGGGCUGACCCUAAAAAUGCUGAUUCCUCUGCUUCUUCUCAGUAUAAUAGCAUGAUCAGUAGGCCUCUUUGGAGGCAGCCCAUGAGGUUCUUGAAACACCACAGGGAAUUUUUCAAUAACGGUUCUCAAUUCAGCAGGGACCUCAGCUACUGCUAUGUUGAUACCUUCUACAAACUCAUGAGAAAGACAGAAAUCCAGGUGAAAGCAGUAUAUGUGAAGAACCUUCCUAAGAAUGUAACUCAAGAGCAGGUGAGGAAGCUUUUUGAACACCAUGGGAAGAUCACAAAGGUGGUUCUCCCACCACCAAAGUCUGGACAGGAAAAGAAUAGAAUCGGUUUUGUGCAUUUUGCAGAGAGAUCAAAUGCUAUGAAAGCAUUAAAAAACACUAACAAAUAUGAAAUAGAAGGUCAAGUUUUAGAGUGCUCUCUAGCGAAGCCACAGGCUGAUCAAAAGCCUGGAGUAUUACAUACACAGAAGCAAGGACUACUUCCAAGAUAUCCACCAAGUGUUGGUUAUGGUUUGCUUGGGGCUCCCUAUGGCGCACUUGGUGCAGGAUAUGGUGCUCCCGGUCUUGCACAGCCUUUUAUGUACGGAGCGGGUCAAACGCCCCCUGGAAUGUCCAUGAUGCCUAUGCUUCUGGCUGAUGGACGCAUUGGAUAUGUCUUGCAACAACCAGGACUGCAGCCGCAAGUUCCACCACCCUCACAUCAAAGAGGUGGCAGGAGUGGUGGUGGUGGUGAUAGUGGUGGGAGCAGCAACAGGAAUUCUGGAAGUUCAAGUAAGGGAAGGCACAACAAUGAUGGCGGCCAAGGGCGUAGAUAUCGUCCAUAUUAGUUUUUGUUUUGAUGUAGAUUUAAAUGUUAUGGUGGCACACCCCUUCCCUUAAAUAUAUUUUAUUUUGUGCCUUCACAAGCUUGUUCAUGUAUUGAAGUUUGAUGCACAAUUGUUUUCCAUUAGAUAUUUACUGUAGAUUUAUUCUUGAUCACAUGAAUGUUUUCACUGGAUUUAAUGUGUUUUGAAUCCUUCCUAUGUUAUCCCGAAGUCACUUCAGACCUUUGUAUAACCAGAGAAAACCUCUAGUUCUUUCUGUAGUAUAAAACUUUGCGUGCUGUUAUUAA